AAAUAUAACUUUAUUCUUCGUUGGAGUAAUUAAUAAUCAUUUAGCUAUAUACAUUUAAUUUUCUAAAUGAAAAAAGGACCGUCAGACUUUACUUAUCACGUUAAUUAAAUAUUGACAAAAUUAUAUUUUGUGCCACACAUUUUUAGAAAGAACAUUUUAGGAAGAGCAAACAGUAUAAGAAACAGUUUUGGUAUGUUCGUUAUUACAAUUUCAACUGACAAGUGUUUCACUUGGAUUUGUGAAAUUGUCAUACUGAUCGAUUAAGAAUUUUACUAAAUGAAAAAAAGAAUUUAAGACAAUUUUAUUUAUUAUUAAAUAUAAUGAAGAUACAAACGGAAGAAACUGUCGUUCAAGAAGCCAUUGAGAAGACAGGAUUUGGCAAAUUUAAUUUAAAAAUUGCAGCUAUAGGGGCUGCAAUUUAUACAAAUGCAGUUAUCAGUAUUAGCAGUACUGGUUUCGUUUUACCAGCUGCCGCUUGUGAUUUUCAAAUGACAACAAUUGAUAAAGGACGAAUAGCUAUUGCCUCCGUUUUGGGCUCACUAUUUGGACCAAUUGUUUGGGGAGUUUUAGCAGAUCUGAAAGGCCGACGAAUAACUUUAAUGACAACAUUAUUUAUUCAAGCAAAUUGUGAGAUUUUAAUGUCAAUAGUCUCUAAUUAUUGGGGAUUUUUAUUUCUUAAAUUAUUUAGUGGUUUUGCAGUAAUUGGCGAAACAUCUCUCUUAUUCACAUAUGUCGGCGAAUUUCAGCCAAAAAUUCAUCAGAAAAGAAUUCUAUCAUGGAUCAGUUUUAUAAUGGUGGCUGCACAAAUUAUUGUGCCACUUUUGGCAUGGUUAAUAAUACCAUUAGAUUUUGAAUAUAGAGGUGAAUUUUUCUUUUUCCGUUCAUGGAAUUUAUUUAUUUUUGUGUGUGCCCUGCCUGCUGAAAUUUUGGGUAUUUUUCUAAUUUUUUCACCCGAAACACCAAAACAUCUUGCCGAAACUGGACAACAUUUUCGUCUGGUCAAUGUCCUCAUUCAUAUGUAUGAAAAAAAUAAUGGAGGAACAAGUGACGAUUAUAUGAGAAAAUUAGGAACAUGUGAGAGUCGCGGUAUGGGCGAUUUGAUAAAUUUUUAUAUGACUAAUAAAUCGUCAUUAUAUAAAGAAGAUGAAAAAACAGUUAAGAAAAAGGAACUACGAACAAUGAUAAAUGAUUUUAAAGUGCAAGGAAAAAAUGUUUUAAAAGAUCCAUAUUUAAAGCGUCUAAUAGUUCUCUCUAUAUCAAUGUUCUGUUUCUCCUCAUCAUUCUAUUCAUUGCUCAUGUGGUUCCCAGAAAUUUUUCAACGAUUUUCACAAUUUCAAACACUUCAUCCAAAUGAAACUUCAAGUGUUUGCUCCAUUUCCAGUCAUCUUUUGCCAAAAAAUAAUACACAGGGUUUUGACUUCGUUUGUAAACAAGAAGUAGAUGUCAGUGUGUAUAAAAAUUCUUUAUUGCAAGGUUUUAGCGCAAUAAUUCCAAAUUUAUUAUUACCACUUUUUGUGGAUAAACUCGGAUUCAGAUUUUUCGCAGUUACUCUAUUAGGCACAGCUUUUGCAUCCACAAUAGGGUUGUUAUUUGCAAAUACUUAUUUGCAAAAUGUGAUACUAGCAUCUAUUUUUAAUGCAGUAAUGUCUACAUGUGCUAGUGUCAUGUAUUCAUUUUGUGUUGUUCUAUUCCCUACUAAUGUCAGGAUAUUUGCAUCUACAAUAUCAGUAUUCUGUAGUAGAUUAGGAACGGUUUUUGGUAAUGUUACAUUUACCUUUUUAAUUGAUGAUUUUUGUACUAUUCUAAUUACAAGCGUCGCUACUCAAUUAUUAGUGGCCACUGUUCUUAGUUUAACACUUCGAAAAAAAUAAUAAAAUUAAGGUUUGCGUAUAUUGUACAUAUAAUAAUGAAAAAAUACCAGUAGUUAAAUAUUUUUGAUAAUUUUUUAUCGUAAACUUAAAGCGAUUAGCUAUUUUUUUCUGUUUUUAUAAUAUUAUAUAAGCAAUGUAUACACUUAAAUAUAUAAUAUAGUCAGUUGUAAUAUUUAAAUUUAGUAAAACCAACAACUUUUUACGAAUCAGUUAAUUUUUUACAGACUUUUCUUUAUUACAUUUAUACCAAAUUAAAAUAUUAUUCAUCUAAUUAAAAAUCUGUGAAACAUUUUCUUUUAAGUAAUAAAAAGGCUGUUCAUUUAAUUGAAAUCGU